GAUAAACACAGAAGUGGCACCGCCGCUGUUGACGUUGUGUACAUCUGAAUUUGGCAUAUAAACGCGGCCUUUCACGUCGUCUUAAUUGAGUUUAUCUAUAUAUUGUUGAAGUUAUAUUUCUAAGGGAAAAGCUGAUGGUCCUGACAACAUGGACAGUGACCUGAGUCCCCAGGAUAAAAAAGACUUGGACAAGUUCAUUAAGUUCUUUGCCUUAAAGACUGUCCAGGUGAUAGUCCAAGCUCGUCUUGGAGAGAAGAUCUGCACUCGCUCCUCGUCAUCACCUACUGGCUCUGACUGGUUUAAUUUGGCCAUCAAAGACAUCCCAGAGGUCACUCAUGAAGCCAAGAAGGCAUUGGCUGGCCAGCUUCCUGGCAUCGGACGCUCAAUGUGUGUCGAGAUCUCCCUGAAGACGUCAGAGGGUGACUCUAUGGAGUUAGAGACUUGGUGCCUGGAAAUGAAUGAAAAGUGUGAUAAGGACAUCAAGGUGUCAUAUACAGUCUAUAAUCGUCUGUCUGUCCUUCUGAAGUCUCUGCUGGCCAUCACCAGAGUAACACCUGCCUAUAAACUGUCCAGAAAGCAGGGUCAUGACUAUGUCAUUUUAUACAGGAUCUACUUUGGGGAAGUCCAGCUGAGUGGAUUAGGAGAAGGUUUUCAGUCAGUGCGCGUUGGUGUCGUCGGCACUCCUGUUGGCACAGUCACACUUUCAUGUGCCUACCGCACCAACCUGGCAUUCAUGUCUAACAGACAGUUUGAGCGGUCAGCUCCUAUCAUGGGGAUCAUUGUAGAUCACUUUGUGGAUCCUCCAUGCAGCAGCCAGCGUCCUGCAAACAUGGGACAGCCCUGCAACUACAGAGCUCCAGAUGAUGACGAGGGAGGACCGUUUGCAGGAGUUCAGGAUUCACAGGAGGUCUGCACCACCUCCUUCUCCACAUCCCCUCCCUCUCAGCUUUAUGCUUCCAGGUUAUGCUACCAGCCUCCCGCUCUUGUAGGAGCUGCAGAGCUUUGUCACCCUGCUAAUCCAAAUCAGCUAUUACAUGCUGGGAAGGAGGGCGGGGUUGUGUUGGUUCCUGCCCAGCCUCCUCAUGGAGCUGAUGCCCAUUUGACUGUAGACCACAUCCCCAACACACCUGGAAGCAGUGGCGAAGACGAUGGCCUGUCGCAGAGUGGAGAUGGAAGGAGCGAUGGACGGAGGGAGGAAGGAAGGAGGAGCGUUUCCCCCUCUGACCCUGUAGAGUCUCUCAAUGCAUUCACGAGGAAAGUGGGAGCCUUUGUCAACAAAACCAACACACAGGUAACAGCAGCCAGUCUGGACCUGCCAUUUGCUGCAUUUGCUCCUAGAGGCCUGGACUCUGAGGAGAGCGAUCCCAUGGUGCAGCCUCCAGACUCUCCCCCCUGCCCGUCUCCCCUGCAGGCCAGCCUCCACUCUCAGGGCUCCGAGGGAUCGGGACCGCAGGACGACUUUGUCAUGGUUGAUUUCCGGCCAGCCUUCUCUAAAGACGACCUGUUGCCGAUGGAUUUGGGUACCUUCUACCGAGAGUUUCAAAAUCCUCCACAGUUGGCCAGCCUCUCGCUGCACAUCAGCUCCCAGUCGAUGGCCGAAGACCUGGACUCGCUGCCAGAGAAACUGGCUGUCUACGAGAAAAACAUUGACGAGUUUGAUGCUUUUGUGGACAUGCUGCAGUAGAAGAGGAGUUAGAAAAUAGCUAAAAGGAGAGAAAGACUCAUGUACAAGGAAAACUGAACAGAUGAUGACAAAUCAAAGAAAAGGAGAACAAAAAAGAAUGAAAGGGAGAAGCAGACUCAAGGCUGUGUAGUUGUUUGUCCUGUGAGAAUCACUCUUGACUAAAUCACCAUGUUUUAAUGUGAAGCCCAUUUUCCCCUCCCCGUCCACCUCGUUUCCCAGCUUGUACAGAUCAUACUCUUCACUGUAAAUACUGACUACGGACACUGACACACACACACACACUCUCCUCCAUUCUGGUAGUGUUAAGUCAAACUGAAAAUCUGUAUUUUCUAUGUGGCACAAAUCUCUUGUUGGCAGUGUUUAAUCAGAAGAUCUGAUUAUCAUGUGGUUUUCUGUCACUUUAUGACAGCCAUGCAAAUCCAAUGACAUACUGCCUGCACUCAUAGUUUUUAUUAACCCUCUCCCUGCUGAACACUACUAGCCUCUGGCCUUUCUGAUCAUAUCUGUGCUGAAGGUGACAGAUCAACGAUGUGACUCUCGACUAACCAUUAUUGUCUGUGUGACAGGCUGAAACUGAGAAAUUUGAAAAGCUGGUCUUGGCAAAUACAUACUACUUAGCCUCACAGGGAAAGAAUAAGUUGUAAAUCUUCUCCAGGUAAAACUAGUCUUUUAGAUAUUAGACUAGAGUGUUGUGAUUGAACAACUGACAGUCUCAGCAGCAACUUGAAAGAAAUUUUCCCCUAGCCAGAUGUUCCCAGCUGGUCCUGGGAUUUAAACUGCCAUACACAAUGUUAAGAAAUGGCCCUGAUGGAGUAUUAAGUAAAUUAAGUGCAUCCCUAAUGUGUACAGAAUGAUACAUUUUCCGCACAACACUCAGUUGACAGUUUAAGGUACAACUAGCCAGUACUACUACAACAACCCUGCAGUAAAUCCUGUGUUUAUGAAGGUUAUAAUGUGGUCACACCACAAACUAUAGCUUCAAAAUAACAAAAUCUUAUAACCUGAAUCAAAGCUGAUGUAUUGCAGGGCUGCUGCAUUACUUUUCUACUAAACUGACAACUGAAUGCAUCUAAUGUAGGCUGUACAACAAUGCAUUAUGUAUAUUUUGGGUAUAAACAUACUUCCAGGUGUCUACACAAGGCGAGAGGUCACCAUCCACGACUGUUGGAGUCAGGUUGAAAGCUUUAAUUUAAAAACUUUUCUUUGAUGUUGGUCUAGAUGUCCUAAUAAAGCAUGGCUGCUCUGUUG